UUCGUCCUUCAUGUCAUAUUAGUAGAGCUGAGAUUAGAGAAGUGAGAAUAGAGUAGAUGUAGAUACAUUGUUUCAAAAAAUGUCUCAAAUUUAAUUAUUUAUAGCUCUAAUUAAACCAUUCAUUUGUAUUAUUAAAAAGGCAAAUAUAAGUUAUUUUACACUUCUAGAGGUAAAAUUUAUUCAUAAGCCAGGAUGUCUUUGUACGAUGAUUUAGACACCAUCAAAGCCAGGACAACUGAGAAAGUUGCUGGUUGGUCAUCAGGCAUAAAAUUACUACAAUCCCAAUUACAACUGAAGAAAGCAGCAGUGACACAACCAAAGAGAGAAGCUACAAGACGAUCUAAUCAGGUUUUGACACCAGUGAUUGAUCUAAAAAGCAAACUAAGCAAACCGGAUGAAGAUGAGUCAAACUCAAACAGCCCUCAACAUCAAGCAAAGACAUUAAUGGCAUCAUUAAAUGUGAGGGAUUUUGAUUGGAAUGUAGCAAAUGAAUAUGAUCCAAUGUGGCCUAAUGACUAUGAGAAAGUUGCUAAAGAAAUGCAAGCCAAACGACUACAACUAGAUGGAAAUGAUAGAACCGACAGAACAGAGAGAAAGAGGAAAUCAAGGUUUGCAGACGAUGAUGAAGUCAUUCCAGAGAAAACCCUAAUUCCAAUGCAACCUGAAGAGGAAGAAGUAGAGGAAAAAACAAAGAGAGUAGCAGGUGUUGCUAUAGCCCCACCACCAUCUUUGACAGCAGAAGCUAAUUCUCCACCGCCACAAUCACUCUCCCCAGCUCCUUCCCCAAGCUUCUCAUUGGGCGGCUAUGGGGCAAGUUCAGUUGCUGCAAAAAUAAUGGCUAAAUAUGGAUUUAAGGAAGGUCAAGGACUUGGUAAAAAAGAACAAGGUAUGUCAGUGGCUUUGCAAGUAGAGAAGACCUCAAAGAGAGGUGGAAGAAUUAUCCACGAAAAGGACAAUAGUGUCAUGCCUCCUCCCAGCUUUAGCAUGCCUGCGGCUCCUGGAUCAGAUUCACCAAAUGCAUCAAAUUCGCCACAGCAUGGAAAACAGGAGCCAUCUAUCACUGAAAUUAUGAAGUCGCCAAGCAAAGUUGUGCUGCUUCGAAAUAUGGUUGGGCCUGGAGAUGUUGAUGAAGAACUGGAACCUGAAGUCAAAGAUGAAUGCAAUACAAAAUAUGGAGAUGUAAUAAAGGUGCUUAUAUUCGAACUACCUAACGCACCAUCUGAUGAAGCUGUUAGAAUAUUUGUUGAGUUUAAAAGAAUCGAGAGUGCCAUCAAAGCGGUUGUUGAUUUAAAUGGAAGAUUCUUUGGAGGAAGACAAGUGAAAGCGGGAUUUUAUGAAGUAGAAAAGUUUAAUACAUUACAGUUGAAUGAAUGAAAAAAAAACAUAGAUAGUGAAA